AUGCCGGCCUACGCUGAUGUAAACAGCAACCACCAACACUCCACGCCGCUCAUCAAUGGUCUCAACGGCACCGGUUCGGAUCUGCCCGACUGUGUCAAGUAUGCAAAAUACCAAGGUGACAUCUGUAUCACUGGCAUGUCCGGCCGAAGCGGCCAGGCAAGAACACUUGACGAAUUGAAAAAGCUGCUCUGGGAAAAAAAGGACGGCUUCACAACAAAAGCCCUGAGAUUUGAUAUUGACAAGUAUGGCACUCAAAAACGACAUGCCUAUAUUGAUGAUGCCGAGUAUUUCGACUCCGACUACUUCGGCAUUGCACCUAAGAAUGCAGAGUUCCUGGACCCCAACAUCCGUUUGUCUAUGGAAGCAGCAUACGAAGCCACUGUAGAUGCGGGAUACUCAAUGCAGGAAAUACGCGGCAGCAACACAGGUGUGUAUGUGUCCUGUGUGGCCUAUGACGCCAACUGCUACUGGCUCAGCAAAGGCCUGGAAGUCAUCGGAGAGGCUAAGAAAGGAAUUGGAGUGGUCAACAACUUCAGAGCCUCCAGAAUCUCCUAUGCCAUGGACCUUAGAGGUCCCAGUGUCUGUGUAGAUACAGCUUGCUCCGGAUAUCUGGCUGCCAUAGAGGCUGCUAUGAAGGACAUGCGCUUGGGCAUUAUCGACAGCGCUAUUGUGGCUGGUUGCCAACUGCACUGCAACCCCAUGUCGUCUCUGCUGUUUAUGGAGCUUGGCGCAGCUGGUCCAGAUGCGAAGUGCUACACCUUUGAUGAGAGAGGACAGCAACAGAAGAAGAGAACCACAAGUCUUUAA